AUGUCGUGCGUAGUGCUGACGGAACGCGACGAGUACGGUAACGAUGUAGGCGUGUCGGCUAAGAGGUUGCCAGUUGCGUAUCUUCUAGUGGAUGUGCCCUGCGGAGUUGCGCCUAGCACGUCCCAGCCGACCUUCUGCCCUACUGCCACUUUUCCCCCCGCGAAUCGCCCGCUCCAAAACCAUAUACAGACACUCAAAGGACUACAUGAACAUAUCCAAGCUUCGCCCUCAUUCUUAGAGGCAAUGUCAGAUCUUCACGUCUUACUGUACUUAGCAACCAAUGAAGCUCUCCCGUUAACAAUAGAGCAACUGGAGCCGCUGCUGCAAGCAGUGAGGUCGAGGGACGAGCUCGCUGCGGAAAACUGGUGCAGCGAAGGACACGUUGCGACUUUACUACAACUGGCGGCGUGUGAUCAUCACUCUCCAGCCGCUAACAGUUCGUCGGAGGGCGGUGUAUGGACUUGUCAAUUGUGCACCUACCAUAAUGCAGCACCACUUGAUUCUUGCGAAAUGUGCGCAAUGCCCAGAAACAACGCAAUGUAG